CGGCGUCAAAAUUGCAUGAACUGGCAUAUCUUGAAUACAGUUAAUUCUAUGUCAGUUGUAUACCCUGCUCACUCAAUGCAGGGUCAAGCCCAUGACUCUCAGGCAACAACUGCUUCACUGACAAGGCCAAUACUUACGUGUACCGCUGUGGCGAGGUCGGAUUGGGCACGUGCUCAUCACUCCAUCAAGAUCUAGACUUGAUCAGCAUCUCCGACUUUUUAUAUCGUUCUUCAUCAACCCUUUAAGGGCGAUUAAACUCCCUGCUGCGAGUAUAUCGUCUAGUAUGGCUUCGCAGCGAGCGUCACAGACUCCUCCGCAUUUGGACUCGGAGAGUGUGACGAGUGGUCAAACUUCCACUUCUCAAAUGCCGAUGCAUCAUUAUCCAGAGGAUCAACGACAACAUCACAACUUGACACCUUAUACGGACCGCUCAGAGGAUGAUCCGCCUCCGAGUUACACCGUAGUCGACAAUGAAGGGCCUCACGCAAACCCAUUUGAUCUUCUUCCUGCCAGCUCAUCCUCCCUUGAUCUCCAUCCCUUCAAGGGAACAUCCAACGACAAAGUAGUCUACUAUCUCGACAAGCGUCUUGAUACAGACCCUGAAUUUCUAGAGCAGCACAUCUCAGAACUCGCCAAAGAACCACCAAGACCAUACGUCCGCAUCCAAGGUCUAGACCGCAAGUCCAGCAAGGAUGGAAUCGACUUUGACAUCCACAUUGAACUCACACCCCUUCUGUAUCAAGAAAUGGCAACUCGUCGUUCAUGGAGACGUAUACGCGCCGUGAACAAUUUCGACAAAGUGCGUCGCGGAACAGCUGCUAUGACACGGGCACCGGGAUUCGGAGGGAGCGGACCGCCAGAGGAGGGCACACCGGGUGUUGCGCAAUGGUGCUAUCGAUACUGUGCGAGCAAAGCCGGUCUAAAAGUGUUUGUUCUAGAGCGUCGAUUGACGGGCUGGGAUUUCGCCCUCGUGGGGUCGAGACUGGAGAGUUUGGUGCGGGGGACGGGAUAUCGUGGGGAAGUCAACAUUACGUUCCCUACAACGAAUGCACGCGUUGAAAUAUACAACAGCUGCCAGACAAACCGAUGGCGCCUUACACGAUGGCUUGUUCUUUUGUUUUAUUUUACUCUGUUGUGGAUAUUCACUUGGCCGUGGGUAUCGCUGCGAACACGAUGGUACGAGACGGUAUUCGUGGAGUGGUCGUUAAGUCGGCCUGACAGACAGGGAACGCUACGAUAUGCAUGCAUGAGUGAAGAUCAGUGGUUCAGACUCUGGCGACGACCUAUUGAGCAGGCGAUUCGGACGAGGAGACGAGGACGGUUGAGUCGUGAUGAUAUAGUGGAUGAGUGUGUUGCGCCUGGUGCUGAAGAUUCUGCGAGGGGAAUGAGAGCGGGAUUGGAGGUUUUGCAGAGGACGUUUGGAUGGGGAGGGGAUGGAGAGGGCAGUGGAAGACAUUCGCCUUGUAUUUGAUGGUGUUUGGGUUGGUUUAGGGGCAUUAGAUUGACCGAGCUCCUUGGGUUUGCAUGGAAGCGUUGGCGUAUCAAGAUCGCAUUGGUCUUUAGUUAUGAUUCAUGAUAGUUAUUCCCAACUCAAAAUGUUAAUUCGUGUGUG